AUGACUCAUCCAACCAGUUUUAAAAAGUUUUUACCUGCCCCCCUCUCAACCCCGUGGGGCGGGGUUACGCCACGCCGCGUGCCGCCACGCCGCGCCGAGCCAAGGCGACCCAAUGAGGCCGGCAUUGAGGAACAGUCGUUCGCUCGUUCGCUUCAACUUGCUAGUGUUACUACUGUUCUUGAAUACGCAGAGAUGCAUUAUUAUUAUGGCGUUGCGAAAGGCAAUGGCCUAUUAGCUGCGAGACUCUAUCAAGAACAGCUACAGCGGCGAGGGAAAGUACGAGAGCAUUACCCGGACAACAGAGUUUUCAUCAAUACUCACAACACUCUGAUGGCUAGUCAAAUUCUUGAAGGCAAUCGCGAAGGCAUACAGAGAGUAGAUCCAGAUAGAAGGGAUAUGGUAUUAGAGGAAGUUGAAAAUCGUCCAUUUACAAGCUCUAGGAAAAUAACGAGAAGAAAUGAAAUACUGCGGACUUAA